GCCAGAACUGAGUAGAUGGGAUGCGUUACCUCUUACAAUCCCUGUCGGUCUGAAAAACUGAACAAGACCGAAGCAGUUCGCCAAAACAUCACAGUACAUUUGAGUGAAACUUCUAAAAUGAUCAAUGACAGUUCGAUACCUUUGGUUUCGUUUCGGCGUUGUGGGACAGCACAUGAAGACGAUUCCAAAUCAAGAAAACCCACCGAGGAUGACAGUAAUGAUGGAGUGAAUAAUGAAGACGGAAGCUCAGAACUAAUUCCCUCGCAUCGUUCACAGCAAGAAAAAAGCUCACAGAGCUCAAGCUAUGGCCGCUUUUUAUCCUGGGGACUCGAGGGAGUUUCUUAUUUAGGAGGACAAUUAAAACAAAGGGUCGAAAGAAGUCUUCUUUGGGUUUCUCCUGAGACUGAUUUCCAAGUUGAAGACAAAAUCGCAAUCAACAUGAGGAGAACAAAUCAAAAGCCAGAGGGGGCUGUUGAAUAUUCGGUUGGUAGCAGUGAUACACUGGCCAAGAUAGCAUUAAGGUUUGAUACUACACCAUCAGAACUAACCAGAAUGAACAAAUUACCUUCCCGUAUGCUUUUUCCUGGGCAGGUAUUGUAUGUGCCUGAAAAGAAACCUGCAGAAGAGUCUAGUGUGGAAAAUAAUCAUGCUCAUCCAAAGGAAACUAAGAAACCAUUGAUAAGAGAUCAUCACUCUUCUACCCAAGGACACCAUGAACAAAUCAAACUUACCAAGAAAGUAUCCUUACUAAGUGACGAUGAAGAAGAGAUAACGGAGUCAUUCCUGAAGAUAAAGGCCAAAUAUAUUACCGAUGGACAGGGUGUGGUAAAUGGAGUAAUGCUAGUCACUCCUCAGUCUGUUAUCUUUAAUCCUAAUGUCUCAGAACCCUUGGUAAUGGACAGAGGUAGAGAUAGAUAUAGCAUCAAGACACCAAUGUCUGCUGUUUCCAGCGCUGCUCUUUUCAAAGACAUUGCAGCCAUGGCUGUGCAUGAUCCUCUAAAAGCAGGAAGGUUUUAUCUCGAUGAUGAAACAAUAGAGUCAGUCUCUCACCAGAACAGUGCAGAAAUGGACCUGACCAACACAAGCAGUCCACUUAACAAACCUACAAAGCUACAUAGUAAUCUAGUACCGUCCAAAAAUGGGGAUAAGAAAAAACUUAAUAAUAGCAAGACAACACAUGGGUUAAAUGAGCCUUUGCCACCUUCAAUACAAGAUAGAGGAGGAUUAAGUACUGCAACAGGAGAUAAUAAACAUGAUGUAGAUAAAGGCGGAAGUAAGACACUGGGAGAUGUACCAGAGGAAAUAAAACAAAUUGUACAAGAACUACUAAAUGAUUUGAUAUCAGAUGUUGUGGAUGGAGUUGUAAAUGAACAAAAAACUGAAUUUGUUGAAGGUUUUGCAAGCUCAAAACAUGAGCAUUCUGUUCUAGACAGUACAUCUCAYGUUGACAAAGACUGUAACUCACUGUCCCCUGCAUCGGAAGAUUCAGGGAUUUGUUCCCCCCAAAACAAAUGGAAUCAGUACCAGGGGACUAAAUCUGGCAGGGAUCAAGAUGAUUCAUGUAAAAAAGGACUUGAUGGUAAUGGGCCCAAUGAGGGCUUAGCUGCACAUUUGAAUAAGGGACACUUGGAAAAUUGUGAUCAUGACACAAGUCAUGAUAGUGUGAUAGACAGUGUAAGUACUGCAUCAUUGGCAUCUGAUGAUAACAAGCGCUCGUCAUCUUUUCUGUCAAGUUUGAGUGGUGAAGUGAAGUACUGGUUGGGUGUUGGCCACAGGAAUCAAGGGCUGAUCAUGUGUAUGGCUUCUUCAAGCAGUAUUGUCCAAACAUUAAUAGAACACUUAGUCUGAGUGAGGAAGAACCUGAAGAAGAUGAAGAACCUGUUGAGGAUGAGGAAGAAGAGGCUGUUCAGUUUGUGGAUGGCUUUUAUUCCUGUACCCCUCCCAAAGCAAAGGUCCUAGUGCCUUUCUCUAAAAUAGGCAAAGAGUUAAUAUUAGAUGUGUGCCAACCAAACAGUAACCUAGAGCAAGGAAGCGUCAAGUCGCCAGACAGCCUCUCUGAUGAUAUUGCUUUCUUGCCAGAGAUGUCUGAUGAUUCUCAGAUUCUAUCAAAAUCAUUGGUCAAGAAGUUAAACAAGAACCUUCCUUCUCGUCUAGUUGGACAUACAUGGACAUUGGUAUACAGUACCUUUCUCCAUGGCUUCAGUCUAAAGACUAUGUACAGGAACAUGGAAGAUUUUGAUACACCAAUGCUAAUAGUAGUACAAGAUGAUGAACACCAGAUAUUCGGCACUGUGACGUCUUGCCCAUUACGUAUUAGCGAAGGGUUUUACGGGACAGGACAGUCGUUCCUAUUCAAAUUUGAAGGUGAUGAGAUCAAGACUUUUCUUUGGAGAGGAGAUAACGACUUCUUCAUGAAAGGAUCAGUAGACUGUAUUGCAUUUGGAAGUGGAGGGGGUCAAUUCGGGCUAUGGUUGGACGAAGAUUUCUACCAUGGCAGUAGUCACUUCUCGGAAACAUAUCACAAUGAAACGCUUUCAAAAAAUGAAGACUUCUUAUGCAGUGCAGUGGAGGCAUGGGGGUUUAUAUGAUCACGUAAUGUGCGAGAUAUUGUCUGAUGUGGCUCAAAGAAUGACUGCAUUGGAAAAACCGGACUGGACUUACGUCAUGAUUGGAGAAAACCCGGACAAGACAUGAUGUGCAUGAAUCUAUCCCUAUCUUCCAGAUGAAAAAUGGACCUGACGCCGAAAGUCACGUGAUGUGCAAAGCAACAGGACACGUGACACAAGGCCAAUCCUAUUCUAAAAUCAAUAAAUCUAUAUAGUUUAUAAUCUCUGUAAGUGUUGAGCGAAACUGAAACCAUUUGAAAGUGGAUUUGAGAAUCCCAUGAUUAACGUUAUUUAAGAUUUGAUAGUUGAUACAGCAUAUAACCUUUAAGAUUUAUUAGGUUUCAAGGGGGCGAAGAAUCUAACUAUCACUUCCCUUGGUUUCACUACCGCUCCCUUCUCCAACCCCUGCAUUGGUGGUACAGUAUAUUAAGGCGGUUUCUUUAGACGAAUGUUCCGUAUAGUUUAACUGGCGACGUGUCGAUUAGUUAGAGGUUUAAAACUGAAAAAAACUCUUUGUUGUUGCCCUGCUGAAAAGGUCAACACAGAGGUACUUAGAUUCCUUAGAAGUAAAUUAAGAAAAGCUUAUAUAUUUUGUCAUAAAAAUGAUAUUUAGUGAAGUAGGUAUUCGAAGCUUCAAGUGGAUAAAAUAAUUAAAUAAUAAAUACCAAUGAGUUUUGCAA